AUGUCAAACUACCUCCCUUCGUUUUCUGCGCCGACAUCAAGGCCAGGGUCUCCCCUAGGCUCUCCCUCAGCUUCACGACCGACCAGCUUCUUUGCCAACUCGAGGGCCAACUCGACGUACGGACCGUCACGGCGAAACUCAACUGCCGUCCCCUCAAGGCGGAACUCGACCGCUGUCCCGUCCAAGGCCAACAGUGCAUGGAGCAAAGAACACUCCGACCCCGAAGCAACCGAAUCGGAUGGAAAGAACGAAAAACCUCGAUCUCGAGCCGGUCGUAUUGUGGGGGGUAAAUAUGUCGACAGCAACAACGAGGACAUUGAUGCAGACUGCGGCCCCAUCACCAUUGUCGACAUUGAUAUGCCUCUCACGCUGACUGAGGUUCUUCAAGAGAAUGGGAAGGAAUACAUCGUUCUGGGGUUUGCCACGGGUGAUAAGGAGAACCCUUUCAACUGGAACCCGUGGUAUAAACGAUCCAUCUCGACCAUUCUCAACCUUAUGACGCUCUUCAUCGGCCUCGCAACCACGGCCUACAGCUCUGGCAUAGGAAGCAUGGUUUCCGACCUCAACGCCUCCAACAUCCAGGGCCAACUCGGCCUCUUCACUUUCAACAUCAGCUGUGCGGUAGCACCCAUGGUGCUCGCCCCCUUUUGCGAGCUAGUGGGUCGCAAAGUCGUCUACGCAGGAUCAUUUCUCUGCUUCUCGCUCUUGUUCAUCGGAUUGGCGCUCGCCAAGAAUAUCGAGACGAUUAUCGGACUUCGACUCCUCCUUGGCCUUUUCGGCUGUGUGGGCACAAUCCUGGUGGGCGGGACGUUUGACGACAUGUAUGAGCCUCACCAUCGCAGUCGCCCCAUGGCCAUGUUUAGUUACGUCGCCAUCUUUGGGACAGUUGCUGCCCCGAUAUACGCCGGCUUCAUUGACCAGGCCAUCGGAUGGCGCUGGAUCGAGGGGAUCCAAGGCCUGGCAAACAUCCCCCUGCUCAUCGCCAUCUUCUUCUUCUUCCCCGAGACCCGUGGCGGCGUCGCCCUCCAUAAACGAGCCAAGGCACUGCGAAAGGCCACUGGUGAUGAGAGAUAUGUGUCUGCGGGCGACAUCCUGACGCCGAGUCUCCAGUCUAUGCUCAAAGCAAGCUCUGUCAAGGCUAUCCACAUGUUAGUGACGGAGCCUGUGGUAUUUGCCUUUGGUCUUUGGAUCGCCUUUUGCUGGGCUGUUGUCUUUCUCUUCCUCUCAGUGAUCCCAAUCACAUUCACUGAGAAACAUGGCUGGUCCGAGGGCGUAAGCGGUCUUCCAUAUAUAUCGCUCUGCGUCGGCACCACGCUUGGCUGGCUGGCACAUCAUCUACAGAUGCGCAAGUUCGAUCGUCUCGUCGAGGAUCCUAACGUCAAAGUCACACCAGAAGCGCGUCUUUACGGUGCAAUGUACGGCGCUGUCUUCCUCCCCAUCGGCCUAUUCAUCUACAGCUUUACGCAGUACGCGUUCCUGUCGUGGGUUGGUCCAGUCAUCGGGCUUGCGCCUAUUGCAUUCGGUAUCUACUUUGUCUUUGAGAGCACGUAUAGUUACACGGCCGACUGCUACGGCGAGAGUGCUUCAUCUGCGAUUGCUGGUCAGGGUCUGAUGAGGAAUACUUUGGGAGCUGUCACGCCGUUGUUUGCGAAUGCCUUCUUUCACAAUGUUGGGAGCCAGUACGCUGGGCUGAUUCUUGCCUUGUUUGGUACUGGAUUAAGUCUGAUCCCAUUUGUCAUGUUCAAGUAUGGACACAAGCUCAGAGCCCGAAGCAAGUUGGCAAUGGAGAUGUGA